AUGAUCAUGAAGUUUGAGAUCUACCGCAUCGAGGUCUACUGGGUUGGCAAUCAAAAGAAAGCCGGUGUUCGGGAGAAGAGCACGGGACAUUCGGUCCUGAAUAUGAGCUACCCCUCCUACACUGUGCUGAUUAGGCUUUGCAACUGGGCUGCGCAGCACUUGCAAGACAACAAGAAGGUGACACCGAAGCAGCUGUGGGCCAAGGCCGACGUCCACCUGAAGCAGCUUGAAAAGGAUUUUGCAACUGAGUUGGCCGCUGGCCUGGUUUGA